AUGAACCUGCCGCCUGCAGACGGGGCAUAUUGCCCCUUCGCCCUGAUGGUUGGUUUGUGGAGGCUGCUGAAUAAGUCCCACGAUAUCCUUGAGGAUACGGGCCGGCUCAACGUCUGCUUCCGCGAAGACUCGUCCGAAAAUUGGGCAGGUGGUUCGAUUUGCUUUGAGCAACCCCUGCAGACAGGGUUCUCUGCAGAAGAAGUGUUGGCAUGGCAGACAGUAUGGCUCUUUACAAGUGCCCCAGCUAAUGUUGCACCGCAAGGUCUCCAGGAGAGCUUCAACAUUUGCUGCCAUUGCUCAAUGACUUACGUCGCUGACAGCACCACCAGCAUCAAUACCACAAAAGGUAUCUUUGCUGAGCGAGAGAAUGGAAUCGAUUGA